CUGACUGCACAUCCAUGGUCACAAACCGUUUUGGUGAGUUCCACGCUGCACGUUCCUCGCUCUCUCUGAUUCGCUUCCUAUUUUUGUAGCCUGCACAAUACACGUUGGGUUCAGUCUCCUCCGACUUCUUUACUGUCGUAUUUGACACGUCUUACGUGUCAUCGCUUACCGACUAGUAUCCCAGGUUCCGCCCAACAAUUGGUGACCCCCUGUCAGGAACACGCCGUCCGCCAUUGUGAAUUUUCAUUUUGGUGAGCUCGUUCCAGUGCUUUUCUGAUUCAUUACUCGCUAUCGUUUUGUUUUCUCAUUCGCCGCAUAUACUUAUUCAUUCCUCACGAUGAAUAGUGCUGAUGAUAAACCAUCUACGUACGUGGUUAGUGCCGUAGAGCUAGCCUCCCCACCUUUUUGGGAGAAUGACCCGUUGUUAUGGUUUGCACAUUUAGAAUCCACUUUUUACAAUUGUAAAAUUUCAUCUGAUAAUUCUAAAUAUCAUCAGCUUAUGUCCCGGCUUCCGCAAAGCGUAUCCUCCCAAGUGAGGGACGUCAUAGCUUGCCCGCCCCCCGAUGCGAAAUACGAUACUUUAAAGCAGGCGAUCAUUCAGCGAAUCACGCCCUCUGACAAGGUCCGACUUCAGCAACUGUUUAGGGAUCUGCAGCUAGGGGACAGGAUGCCUUCAGCCUUGUUGCGACAGAUGCAACAGCUCCUAGGCACAUCCAGCAUGGAUGAAGGUAUUCUCCGCGAAAUGUGGAUGCAACGUCUCCCAGAAAGCACACAAGCCAUCCUUGCGGUGGCAAGCGCCCUGCCUCUCACAGCAGUUGCAGAACUAGCAGAUCGGGUCAUGGAACGACAUCAGCCAGCGAACGAAUCUAGGACGUUCACUCGACUUAGCCCCGUCACAGCCCCGGCGACAAACCCCACUAGUGAGCCGUCGGCAAUCGACGCUUUAGCAUCGCAAAUAGCGUCAUUACAACGCCAAGUCGAGAAACUCAACCUAGACCGUAAGCAGCGCAGCCGCUCUAACUCAUCAACUCGCCGCACGAAGCCUAACAAUUCAGGCUUUUGCUUUUACCACACGCGUUUUGGUAACAAAGCCCGCAAGUGCCAGCAGCCAUGCAGUUUCUCCGCCGCCAAGCAGGGAAACUUCCACGCCGGCCCGUAAUGGCGACUAACGGUGUCGGCAAAGCUCCAAGUCGUCUCAUCUACAUUAGGGAUUAUGGCUCCGAUACCCAGUUCUUAGUUGAUACCGGGGCGGAAGUCAGCGUCAUUCCCCCUAUGCCAGGUGAGCCUACCGCUUCUCUGUCGACAAGUCUCAGUGCCGCCAAUGGCACACCAAUAGCCACCUAUGGUCAUCGGUCACUUACCCUGGACCUAGGUCUUCGGCGCACGUUUCGCUGGGUAUUCACUGUCGCUGCAGUCCCCUUUGCCAUCAUCGGCAUUGACUUUCUCAGGCAUUUCGACCUCUUGGUCGAUGCGAAACGCCAGAUGAUAGUCGACACUGCAACAAAACUCAGCGUACGUGGCAUCACCGCCGAUGUGACAUCUAUAUCCCCGGUCUAUGCAUUUCCCCAGACCUCGUCAGACUACGCUAAUCUCCUUUCUCAGUAUCCCAAGCUCGUUCAGCCAAUGAA